AUGGAGACUUAUCACGGCAUCGUGCGGACGCCCGCAGACGCUAUCAAGCUGUUCGAGGCCUGCAGACUAGGCCUGCUGCCACGUGUGCAGCGCAGAUUGUCCGAGAAGGAGCGUCAGUCGAUCCGGUCGGGUUCAGUUUUUGUUUGGGACGAGAGGGAGGCUGGCAUGCGGCGGUGGACAGACGGGAAGUCGUGGAGCGCGAGCAGAGUGUCGGGCAGCUUUCUCACCUACCGCGAGAUGGAGGGCAAGCGGGGCGGUGGCUUCGGAACGUCGAGGAGGAGCGCCGGCAAGACGCCAGAUUCGGGUCGUGGGAGCGACGAUGUCUCUGACGAUGGCGAGCCCGAUGGCUACCGAUACAAGGCAGACGGCCUGAUGAAGCAGUCCUUCAGCAUUACCACCUCGCAGGGCCAGCACCUGCACCUCAUCUCGUACUACUCGCGCCCACAUCCCAGCGAGCCCGAGCUGCCACAGCCCAGCACCGACCCCAGCCUGAGGCAGAUCGUUCCCGUCAAGGGCAUGUACCCAGAGUCCAGCAUGAACGACCAGCCCGUGCCUGCGACGACGAGGACACCCAUGGCCACAUAUCCACACCCACCACCGCCGCCACACCACCCGGGAGCAUAUCACCCGCAGUACGCCCAGCAGCCAUACCCGGGCUGGCCGCCAUCGCCAGUAGCAACCCCUCCCUACAGCCACUACACAGUCACGGGUCACUACGCUCCAGCACCGCUGCCACACCCUCAUCAUGUCCACCCGCACGGGCCCUACCCUCCACACCCUCACUACAUGGCCGGACCGCCGCCAGCCCAUCUCUAUGACCCGCGACCUCCUCUGCCACCGCCUGCCAGCCAGGCACCAGCUCCACCAGCAACAACAGCGCACACAUCGCCCUACCUGGCCCAAGUGCGCAUCAAGGAGGAGUCACCACGACCACAACACCUGCAGUUCGCGCCAGCACCAGUAACUGGACCAGGCCCCGGAAGGACCAUGCCAGGUCCCCUGCCAGCCGUGUCCGCCCACAGCAACAGCUCGUCGACACCGCCCCCGAGGGCCCUCUCGCAGUCCCCACCAAUCUCCGGGUCUGGCAGCAGCGGCAACAACAAGGCCAGUCUCUCUGCCCUUCUUCACCCGGCGCACACGGACUCGGAGCCCAACAGCGCCAAUCCUGGCAGUAGCAGCGCCACGAGCAGCCCGCGCGGGGCUGGUAACGGUGGUUCGGGCUCGCAGACGGGUUUGGCCGCGAUGGGCUUCCACGAAGACGCGAGGGCAUUGGAUGUGUUGAACAAGAAGUUUUCCAUCUAAAGAGAAGGUGGUGUGGUUGUAGAUGGGAAAGUUGCGACAGAAAGGUCAUGGGAGCGGCGGCAGACUGGCGAAGGAGAUACCCAACUUGGAAGCUUGUGUCUUUCAUGUCUUUUUUUUUUUUUUUUUUUUUUUUUUAAUUCCCAGGCGGCGGAGGAAACCGUGAUAAGGCCUAGGGAAGAGGGAGCAACGAACGGAUCAAUUGCAUCUUACAAGGCGUUUUUGGAAGGGCAUCAAAUAUUUCUUGCGUAUGGGGAGCAUCGCUGUUAUGGCGAGCUCUCUUCUUCAAUCAUUUGCACAUAUUCUUUUCUCUAUUCUUUUUUUCUCUCGGAACGAUACCUGCACAAAUCACUUUGGGAUGGACGAACUAAAUUAUCAAGAUGGUCGAGAUAGAGAGAGCAAGUAAGAAUAGGUGAUGGGCAAAAAAGCACUCGUUUAGCCUAGAGCAGCAGCACAGCAGAGAGUUGUGUGGAGAGAACAAAAAAUAUCAAAUGAAUAUCAAUCAUUUUUGACU